AUGAGAGCACUCGUCCUUCGCGCAUCCAAUAAAGGAAAACCCGAGGUUUCGAUCGAAAACAAAGACUUGGGAGAGUUACCGAACGGUUAUGCACGUGUGCGAAUUUAUGCUGCGGCAUUGAAUCACCGUGACGAAUGGAUCCGUCAGGGACAGUAUCCCGAAGUUUAUGAAGAUUUUGUUUUAGGAAGUGACGGAUGCGGUUUGGUCGAAGAGAUUAAGGAUGAACAGUAUUACAAUCUCCUUGGAAAAAUGGUUAUCAUUUAUCCAGGAUUAGGAUGGGGAACGGAUGAGCGCGCCCCUUCACUUGACCUCAAAGUAUUGGGAGGUCCAAACGAUGGAACAUUUGCAGAAUAUGCUUUCGUACCGGCAGAAAAUUUAGUAUUGAAGCCUGAAUUUUUGACACCUGAGCAAGCAGCAGCUAUUCCGGUUGCUGGCCUGGUAGAAAUUUGUGCUUACAUUUCUCAAUUAAAUACAAAUGUACAUGAUUCUCACCAAGAAUUAUUAAUAAAGACUUCAUACCGUGCUUUGACAUCUCGUGGUGGACUACAAGCUGACGAAGCCGUUCUGAUUACCGGCGGAGGUGGAGGAUGCGGUUCAUUUUCAAUUCAGAUAGCCCAAAAGAUUGGUGCAAAAGUAUAUUUCACAACUGGUGACAAAAGCAAACUCGAAUAUUUGGAAGAAAAACUAGGUGCCAAAGGAUUUCUUUACACCGAUCCCGAUUGGGUCGAGAAGUUCAAAGGAAUCGAUGAGCUAAGAAAAAGCGAAUCACAUGAUUGCAGAUUCGAUUUGAUUGUGGAUUCGACUGGUGGUGAACAAGUUCCCAUGUCGCUUGAUUUACUAAAACCCGCGGGAAGAUUUGUGUUCUUUGGAGAAACGCGCGGACCACCGAAAGGAAUUCCCAAUUGGAGAGAUAUCUUUUUGAAAUCACUCACACUCAUGG